CAAGAAUCUACGGAACCAGUAUGUAAGAAAUUAUAACGAAAAUUAGCCGGCCGUAAAGAAAUUCAGAUUUUCACGAAGAAGUUCGAAUUCGUUUCUUCAUUUACCACUGUGAUAAAAUGGUGGAGAUUAGAAGGAAAUCACUUGGCGGAAACAUUAUAAAAUAUGAAAUGUCAAAGCUUGUUAAUCUAUGUAUUAUUUUUGUAACGUUUCUAUCUAUUAUCGUGAUUGCUUUCGUACGUUUAAUAUUUUUUAUUAUUGCUAUUAUUAUUACUACAGGUAACUUUUUCAAAUAGGGUGUUUAGAGUAGGUCGUAAACAUUUAUUGUUGCAAGGAGAAAAUCCACCGAUGGAUAUGUUCACUACGAGAUAUCAAUUCGGCGAAAUCGACAGCGCGCCGUAAACUGAAGCGAAACUUGGAUUCGCUGAGGAUCCACGCUCUCUCGACGCAGUCGCAAAACACGAUGCAUCGUUUUGUCUACUCUUUCUCCUCUUUCGACGCCUGACACUCUGGCUGAAGGGUGCGCCUCCUCGAACCACCCGUUUUUUUUUUCAAAUCGUAAUCGAAAACACACCUAUUCGAUCUAGGAAGAAUGUUCAUGUUAACCUAUUUCUCUCUUCAACCUUUUUCUUCCAUAUACUAAAACCAACCACCCAAUAUUCCAAUUCUAUUUUUGUCAAAUCAACAAAUUCGAUAAGCAGAUGAAUCUGCCUGUAUAUUGAACGAUGCAAUUUAAUCGGAGUUAAUUAGAAAUUCAUGAUAGAUAAUCACGUUGGAUUGUGGAUAAAUUAUAACUGAAAUUUCUAAUUAUACAGUCGGUUUAAUUACAUUAUCAUGGAUGCAACAUUCGUGUAAAUGAUAUAAUGAAUUAAGAGUACACAUAAACCGCGCGAGGAUAAAUAUUCCGCGCCAGCUUGGAAUCGCCGAAGAGAGCUCGCGUUCAUAAGUGGCAAAGAUUUCCCGUAGGAAUGCAUCUGUUGCACUUGGUCGAUCCGAAUUAAAUCAAUACGACGCAACAGUAGCCAAACAGGGGCGUUAUUUAUUUUGCAUUCUCCACUGUGCACUAUGUUUUUCUUUCAACAUCGUCACCGAUGGUCGCUCUGGCGGAUUAACCACGCCAGGAAUUUCUAGAAUCGACCAGAUUACGACUACGCAGCGCCGCGUUCCUUGUUGCGUUUGCGAAUCCACUUGGAAUUCAAUUAGAAUUCCUAUGGUAAGUGACAACAACCAACAGAUACACAUCGAACCGUGACGCAUACAGUUGUAGAAUUUCAAGUUCCUCGCGUCGAAACGAUUGGUAACCGUGUUCAAAAGAAAGAAAAGCACGCUAAUUUUUCAGUCUACAAGAUUCGAUAGUUACGAUCGCCAACUAUAUACUGUUAUACUGUGAAUUAUGUACGAACACGUGACGAAGAUUUCAAGUAUUUUGUGCUGAAAUAAUUGCUAAUCGUAGUGCACGAAAAAGAAAAAAGAAAUACGCAAAUUUUAAAAUAUUUGAGUUUCGAUAGUUGUGGAUGGCGAAACGUUUGUAGAUUCGAUAACACGUGGCAAGGAUUUCAAGUUUCUCCUGUCAAAACGAUUGACGACUGUGUUUCACGCAAAAGGAAGGAAACAAAAUUUCGGCUCUGAGUUUCGUUAGUCGCGAAACGUUCGUAGAUUCGUUAACACGUGACGAAGGUUUUCAGUUUCUCGCGUAGAAAUAAUUGGCAAAUGUGCCAAAAACAUAAAGCUUCGCUAAUUUUUUAGUCUUCGAAUUUCGUUAGUUGCGAUCUUGGGACGUUCGUGAACGCUUCGUUAAUAUGUAACGAGGAUUUUAAGUUUGCCACGUCGAAACCAGUAACAACUGUGCUCCACGAAAAAAUAAAAUUCCGCUAAUUUCUUAAUUUUCGAGUUUCGUUAGUUGCGAUCGUUCGUACACGAUUCGUAUUAUUGUGGGAUAGGAAAUUGCGUUAGUUUAUACAUUUAGUUAAUUUAUGCUCUCGUUGGAUAUUUCGUAACCUUUGCUCGUGAUUAAUCGACGAAUUACUCUAAUAUGCUUCGCUUCUAAAUUGCUGUAAAAAUUUCGCCGCAUAUACCAAUGUAAUUUCGGUCUAUCGGGAGUGUCGAUCAAUUUUCCAGCGUGAAUAUAAUUCUGCAAGUGUCGAAUCAUCUACCGCGCAGAAAUGGAUCCUGUCGGUAUACAGCUGCUACUGGCGGUCCGUUUGAUCGAUUACGAUAAAAAGACGGACUUUUAAUAAAAUUAUAGAGCCAGGAACAGGAUCCAUUGAAAGGAGAUCUUCGUUCAACAAGCUUCGAGGGCACAAAGAUUUGAGAAAGGAAGCUGAGCUGAAGCGUUUGCGGCUGUUGGCCACUGAAGACCACGAUUAAGAUGUGAACCACGACGAUUCGUUUCCGCAACAUACGGGACCACAUUGUCUUUGUCCAAAGCAAGAACGAAAUCGAACGUGUUCAUGGCUCGGACUACGGUUUCCCCGUCUUCGCUCUUAUUUUCGACCUCAUGGACCACGCCGACCGUCUCGAACGUCCUCAAGGACACUUUCGGCAUCGCUUCGACCACACAUUACACGAGCAUCGAAAAGCAAACAAACGCGGAAGAAAAGUACACGCCGUAUGAAGAUCGACCGGAAACAUACUUCGUGCCAAUCGUGUUCCUGCUGAUUCUUGUGAUCGGGCUUACAGGAAAUGGCGUGCUCGCGCUCACCAUACUGCGCCACAGUAACAUGAGGAACGUUCCCAAUAUUUAUGUCUUUUCGUUGGCGCUCGGAGAUCUCUUGGUGAUUCUUACGUGCGUACCAUUCACUUUCACCGUAUAUAUCGUGGAUUCUUGGCCUUUUGGACUCGUGCUCUGCAAGGUUUCCGAGUGCGCCAAGGAUAUCUCCAUCGGAGUUUCUGUCUUCACUCUAACGGCACUAUCCGCGGACAGAUUCUUCGCUAUCGUCGAUCCGAUGAGAAAGCUCCACGCCUCGGGUACAGGAAGGCGAGCAACGCGUUUCACGGUGAUCGUCGCUUCCUUGAUUUGGGUAUUGGCCAUUAUGUGCGCCAUCCCGAGUUCCUUCUCCUACAUCAGGGUUUUCAAAGUGAACACCAACGUGACCUUUCAAGCCUGCUAUCCGUAUCCCGCGGAGUUUGGACCGAAUUAUCCGAAGACGAUUUUGGUCUGUCGGUUCUUCAUAUACUAUGCUGUGCCGCUUAGUAUUAUUGCUUUCUUCUACAUUCUUAUGGCCAGACAUCUGAUUCACAGUACUAGGAAUAUUCCUGGCGAAAUGCAGUGUCAGCUAAAGCAGGUGAAAGCUCGUAAAAAAGUGGCGAAGAUGGUGAUGGCGUUCGUGAUCGUUUUCGCAGUAUGCUUCUUCCCGCAACACGUGUUUAUGCUAUGGUUUUACAUCCACCCAACCGCCCAACAGGAUUACAACACAUUUUGGCAUUAUUUCCGGAUUCUUAGCUUCUGCCUGGCAUUUACCAAUAGCUGCAUUAAUCCUAUCGCGUUGUACUGCGUGAGCAGCACGUUUAGAAAAUAUUUCGACAGGUAUCUGCUUUGUUGCGUGCCGAGAAGGAUCCGCAGACGGCGUCGUUGUUCGUCGGACUUGAGCUCCCGAGGACGAGGUCAAAGUUUCUCGUUGAUAAGCUCCAAAAGGUACGAUUCUCGACGCGGUCAACGAAACACCAUGCACAUGUCCAUCUUUGGAAACGACACCAGGACCAGUGGCCCGAUCAAGGAACAGGAGACGACCAUUAGUCUGACCGCGUGUCCUAACGGUAUCGAGGAUGGACUGAAAAGCCAGCAAAAUUCCACGACGGAGCAGUCGAACAUUCGCGAAUGUUCGUUAAACUCCAAGGACUGAAUAAUUCAGCGAUUUUUCAGCAACCAAUGAUCACGCCCGUGUGUAUUCUUUUCAUUUGGAAAACACUAUUCGUGUCGAUGGUCCAAUAACUCUUAAGCGAAGAUCACAGGCGAAAGAUACAUUAAGUCGCAUUUCUCACAUUUCUCGGGAGAAUAAUUUUGAAAUUCUGUACAUUGUUAGAAAUUCGAUGUCGAGACUAGCUCUUCAUUUAGCUCUGGGAUUAAUCCAUUAAGAAGCAAUAUUUGCUAUCGCUGUCGAUCAAUCUAUUUAUUGAAUUUCCUUCUUUAAUAUUAUGGCUGUGAAGGGGAACUCUAAGAAUUUCCUUGAUACCUCUUUCGUCGUUAUUUAUUGCAUCCAGAAAUAUGAAACAAAUGCUUGCAGUUCCUUUUUGCGAAAAUCACAAAAUGAAUUUUAUAGAAUUCAACGUUGGAUCUUAAUGGAUUAAAUCGACCAAACGGCUCGACAUCCUAAGUUCUCCAAAGGCUAAAAAUCUUUGAAUCUAUCAAAUUAUUUCCUUCCUUUGAAGAUUUCAUAUUAAGAUUUCAUAUUUAAGGGAUCCUUUUAGCCACUAUCUAGAAGCGGCAUAAAAACAUCAAAAAUGGACUUAUCAUAUUUUUCUCCCACAUUCUUAAAGUCUUAAGCUUUAGCUCCAAUUUCU